UUUGUUAUAGAUUAUUAUUGAGGGAAGAGUUAAAGAUGACAAUGAUCAUAACCUUGGUGAUAUUGCGAUUGACGACAUAGUGAUGUUUAGCAGUGAAAGCUGUCCAAAAGAUUGUGGCAAUCCAGUCCCAGCAUUUGGUCUUGCGAAUUCGGGGGACAUUACAAUAGGAUCAAAAGUACAAAUAACAUGCCGGACUGGUUACAAAAUCUCAGGAAAUCCAUCAAUUAUUUGCCAAGCUAAUGGUACCUGGAGUGACAGCCCAGUAUGUAAUAUAGUAGACUGUGGGAAACCAGCCUUCAAUGAAGGAAUAACUGCAAAUAUUUCUGAGGGUACUAACUUCAACAUGACAAUAAUACUGGAUUGUGUAGAAGGUUUAACAUUGAUUGGCAAUGCAUAUGUGAUAUGUAAGGCUGACGGGAACUGGACAACCCAACCAAACUGCGUUAUCAACAAUUGCAGCGAUCCAACUCCAGAGUCAGGGAAGGUUAAUAGCACAAACAACUUCGAGUACGGUUCAGUUAUUGAAGUCACAUGCAUUCCAGGUUAUAAAAUCAUAGGAAAUUCCCUAAUAACUUGCCUUGCAAAUUCUACUUGGAGUGACACUCCUUGGUGUGAGCGAAUAGAUUGUAAAACUAGAACUAUUACAAAUGGACAGUUUAAUGCGACAUUCGGAACAACUUUCGGAAAAACUGCUACACAGUCCUGUGACACGGGAUAUAGUUUUGCGGGUGAUAAGACGGUCACAUGCUCUGAAGCUGGUUGGAAUGGCAGUAUUGCAACAUGCACCAUUGUCGACUGUUCCGUGCCAUUCCUUACGGAUGGAAUUCUUGCUGAAACUCCAAACGGCACAACAUACAAUAAGUCAGCAGUAAUUGCCUGUGCGGAAGGCUAUACUUUGUCUGGUAAUGCAUAUGUAACAUGUCAGGCCGACGGAAACUGGACAGUUCUACCAAAUUGCAUCAUUGAAGAUUCAGAAGUCAGUGCUGUUAUCGCAGUUUAUGUUACAGUUCCGCUCAUUUUGAUCGUUCUUGCAAUAAUUUUAACAGUCUAUAUUUGGAGGAAAAGACAUACACAGAGUAUAAAGGGUCAUGAUGAUCAACACGAAACUGACAUGAGCCCAGUGAUUCAAUUUCCUAAUGAAACAUAUGACACACAUGCACUUAAAACCGGAAGUCAUACAAGGCAGUCCGAAGCAGACAAGCUUCAAUCACCAGACGAGGAAUAUGCUACUAUUACCGACGAACAGGUAGGAGCGACAGAAAACGUAUAUUGUAACACAUUUGAUUCUGAAUGUAGAAUUCUGAAGGAUACAGAACAUCACUAUGAUCAUAUGAAAAGUACAUCGAAGCCAGUUCAAGAUAACACAUAUUCACAUAUGCCAGGCAACAAAAUGGACAUAGAAUCGAAACCAAGUAAUGGCAUGAAACUGAUUCCAAAUAAUAGUAAUGCAUCUCUGCGAAAAGACGGGCAUCCAGAAAAUAAUUGUUAUGACCACCUUGAUAUCAAUAACUUUAAUGAAGCUAUGAAACAAGAACAUUCGAUCACACUUAAUGAAGAACAAGAAUCGGACUAUGAUCAUGCAAAAGCAGGUGGGAUAGAUCCAGUGCCUUUGGAACAAGAUGACUAUUCUCAUAUUAGAGACGGGAAAGUAAAUCAAGAAAACACUGGAAAAGAGAUGUGUUUACAUGAUAAAUACGAGUAUUCCAAUGUUACUGAAAGUACUGAAAAAAGAGAUAUGAAAGGUAACGAAAGAAAAGCUGAAUAUGAGCAACCGAUUGGUCAUACGCCUCAAUACUUUGUCCUGGAAGCAGAGAAUGAAAACACACCCGAAGAUGACAGAACCUAUUUUGAGUUAGAUGCAGAAGAAAAGAAUGAUGAAACUUAUGAGCCACACAAUCACACCUAUUUCGUUUUAGAGAAAACGGAAAGUGUGUGAUUUAAGAGGAAACAUAAGAUAUUUUCCAUAUAUAUUCAAUUCACGUUUCAUAUGUACUCGACACAUGUUCCAUUUGAAUUCGAUGUAUAAGGUAGUACAACAGAUAAUAUCUUUCUUAACUAUAUAUGUUAGACUUUUGACAGUUAGCCAAGAUAAGUUUUUCCAUUAGUUCUAUCAUCCAAAUCAUAUCCCCUCUUUACUCAUUUAAAUCAUUAAAGCUAGUGAGAGUAUCUAUAAUAUAAUAUUUCUUCGGGAUACUUUACUUUACUUUUACUUUUAUGGAGCGUAAAUAUCGGUAAUCAACUAAACGGAUGAAUAAAGACGCAUUGGUAAACAUAAAAAUAGGAAAACAUGAGAUUUGAGCAGAGACAUAUAAAACCGUUAAUUUGUUAUAACUCUUAUAUGCUUUUUCCUGUUAAAAUACGCUUACGCUAAAAAGACAGAAGGCAUCAUGUUAACGGCGAAGUAAAUGCUUUUGUUGCGACCAAGAAAGAGUGCUACAGUAUUUUAUUUUCUGUUUCAGAUUAAGGGCAUGUUAGAAUCAAAUAAUGAAUAACAAAAUCGUGUUUUACCUAAUACACUCAAAAUCGUUUAUAUGUUACCAUGAUAAUUCACUCGGGCUACACCCUCGUGAAGUCAUUCCGUGGACGUUACACCUCUUAUUCGUGUAUUAAUAACGUUAAAACACAAAUUCUCUAUACAUCAUUUCAUAAAAGGUAAUGAUGAACACAUUUAUCGUACCUACAACUAUCUAUCAGAAAAUGAAUUGUCGGUAUUUUCUUGAUAAGUAAUCUGAUAACUGUUGUCAAACAAUAAAAGUUUUAUAUCGACUUGUCAACUGAAACUUUUGCCGAAAUGAUUAGUGUCAAUAUUUAUUUGUACAAUGCGAAACAAAUGCAUUAUUCUUCUUGAGCUUAUAUAAUUGUACAGAGAUAAUGCUCCAAAUGUUACUCUUCCGAAGCAUUUUGCUUGCACAUAAAAGCAGAGGAUUAGAGACAAAUUACACAUGUCCCUGUGAUAUAUUAUAAAUGCUGGUCACGAAUACGACACUAAACUACAGGGUGAUUGAAUUUUAUUUUAAUGUGUUAAAACGUCUUAUGUUUUAAGAGGUAUAAUCGUAUAAACCCCCGAGAAGACGUGUAUCUUUAUUUUGAAAACACACUGAUUCACUUUUUCAUUAUUUUACCGACAGACACUUCUAUUGCACUGUAAAGUAAUAAAUAGAUGUGUUAUUUCUGACAGUAUUAUAAAAAACUCUUACUUGAGGCAUGAGUUAUCGCUCUGUGCGGUUACAGGUAAAACAACUUGUUAAGCAACUCAGUUUUAUUUUAAUUUUUAAACUUUAACAAAAUACAUGUUUGUAAGAAUUUCUGAAGUAGAAGUUCUAAGUUUUAUGUCUUGAUUUAAAUAGGUUCAGUCAAUGUUCUUUAUUUCAUAACUGGUGCUAGGGGGCAUCACAGUUGUUGCAUAUUUCAUUUCCUCUAACCGCUUGUUUGCAUUCUAUACUUUAAAAUGAUAUUUUAUAUGUUAAUUUAUUAUUUCUGACUCAUUAUCAGUUUUUUAACAAUGGCUGCAGCUUAGGGUGGAUGCUAUGUAACCAAACGUUUUGCUGCAUUUAAUAAGUUUUCUCUGGCUGAAGGAAAUGUACACUUACAACAAAGUUUAUACUGUAAAACAGCACCGACAGAGGGUUAUACCCUCUUAACCACAAAAA